CUACCCAGAAACCGUUCCGCUUAGCGUUAGGCUGAGUAAUACACAUAUUGCUUUACCAUCAACAAGCUCAGUCAUGAGCAGUGUAGUCCAGAACCCCUACAUCGGCCGAACUCCAACCAAUCGGAUGCCUAAACCUGGGAGCAGCGGAGGAGUGCCACCAGGAGGUCGAGAUGGCAGUGGGAUUUAUCGAAGCAGUAGUAUCAGCAGUGGAAGUGGCGGGUCUGGAGGCAAGAUACUGUCCCUGUCAUCCAUGAGUGAGAGUGUGCAGAGUGGCCUAAGCUGUUUCUUGUCAGAGCAAGCACUGGAGCAGGAAGAAAGGCAGCAGCGCAAUCGACAGUUAGCAGAGUUUCAGCGCUUGAGAGAGGUUCGCGCAGCUGCUCAGCUCAAAAAUCUGGAGGAUUUCCUCAGGAUGAACCAUGUUUCACUCAGGGACAGCAUCUCAUAUUCAACCGGCAUGAUUUACAGAAAUCUGGGAAAAUCAGGGCUGAGAGUGUCCUGCCUUGGAUUGGGCACGUGGGUUACCUUUGGAGGCCAGAUCACUGAUGAGGUGGCAGAGGAGCUGAUGACAUUGGCAUAUGAGAACGGAAUCAAUCUGUUUGACACAGCCGAAGUGUAUAAUGCUGGAAAGGCUGAACUUGUCUUGGGAAGUAUCAUAAAGAAGAAAGGAUGGAGACGUUCCAGUUUAGUCAUCACCACCAAAAUCUUCUGGGGCGGAAAAGCAGAAAUGGAAAGAGGGUUAUCUCGAAAACAUAUAAUUGAAGGUUUAAGAGCAUCACUGGGCAGACUGCAGCUGGAGUAUAUAGAUGUGGUUUUUGCGAAUCGACCAGAUCCUAGUACACCUAUAGAAGAGACGGUGAGGGCAAUGACACAUGUGAUCAACCAAGGGAUGGCGAUGUAUUGGGGUACAUCACGAUGGACCUCAAUGGAGAUCAUGGAGGCAUACUCUGUGGCACGACAGUUCAACCAGAUCCCACCUAUAUGUGAACAGGCAGAGUAUCAUAUGUUCCAAAGGGAGAAGGUUGAAGUGCAGCUUCCUGAACUCUUCCACAAGAUAGGCAUUGGAGCUAUGACAUGGUCUCCAUUGGCCUGUGGGAUCAUCUCAGGGAAAUAUACCAGUGAGAUCCCCGCUUAUUCACGUGCAUCGCUUAAGGGUUACCAGUGGAUGAAGGACAAGAUCCUGAGUGAGGAGGGACACCGUCAGCAAGUGAAGUUAAAAGAGCUACAGGCAGUUGCUGAGCGACUAGGCUGCACUCUGCCACAACUGGCAAUUGCCUGGUGUCUAAGGAGCGAAAGGGUGAAUUCUGUCCUCCUGGGAGCUUCCAAAACGGAGCAGCUGAUGGAGAAUAUCAGAGCAAUACAGGUCCUUCCAAAGUUAUCACUGUCCAUUGUAUCUGAGGUAAAUGGCAUCUUGGGAAACAAGCCCUACAGUAAAAAGGAUUUCAGAUCUUAGAACCACCUCUGAUGCAUUGUUGCACUAUCCACGUUUUUUUGUAAAAGCAGCCUUUGAAUGAGAGACAUCAACACACAUGAAUAAUUUGUAGAAAACUGUAAAAAAAAAAAAAAAAAAAAACUUCAAACUGUUUAUAAGAAAAUGCACAAUCUGCUUUGUUGAUGAUGUUUGCAAUUUUGCCACUUAAUGAUACAAAGUUUUGUAAACUACACUAUACCACUAAACCACAAAAAAAAUCAGUUUGAGUUUAGCUGCAACAUGGUGUACCAAACCAGACUUCAUCACAAAGUCUUGUUUCUUCAGCAUGUUGCAUAUGUACUGGCAUGAUGGAUUUGUUGUCUUUAUGUCAAAUUAAACAUGUGUUGCGCAACAUAUGAAAAGCUAUGACCAAGAAAUCGUGUGAUUCAUUAGCAUUUUCAGUGUAAUAACAUCACGCAUGCCUUAACUGUAAUAUUUUUGGUACUUGUAUUUGUAUUUUGUUUUACUCAUUAACUGUUGUCAAAGUUCAAACUUUUGAUCUUGUUAAAUUAAUUCAUGUUAAUCUCUUGGUUUUGUCAGGCAAAGUUAAAUUUAAUCUACCUUUAGUAAUUCUGUGUGGUAUUUUAUUAAGUUGAACUCAAUCAAGAUCUUUACUGUGACCAUCUGUAAUAGUCAUUCUGUUGGGAAAGCAUGAAGAGUUCACACAUUCCAUCAUGGGGGUCCCGAUGCUGCAACCAGACUGUAUCUGUUAUGCAAUCACCAUCAAAGUCAUUUAUCAAAGGUUGCUGAAUUGUGGCACAUUCAUUGAAGAGCCAACUGUCUACAGCUAUGACUAAAAUGGAUGUAGCAUUUGUUCAUCGUGUACACAAUUUUUGUUGCAUCAUUCCUGGUAGAGUUGCAUUUGAGAAUUUUAACAAGUUUAAUAAUUCAUGGUAUAUUUUUGGA